AUGGAGGAGAACAUGGAGAAUCAUCAUGAGAAAGAAGUUCAUAACCAUGCCAGGGGAGGCCCAGUCAAUCAUGAUAGGCAAGAAAGGAGAGUCUUAGGCUCUUACAUCAACCCAAAUCCAGCGAUUUAUGGCAGCAGCAUCCUAAAGCCAACAAUUCAUGCCAAUAAUUUUGAGCUGAAGCCUCAACUUAUCACACUUGUUCAGAAUAACUUCUCAUGUGGAGUAAGUGCCCAAGAUCCUAAUCAACAUCUCAGCACAUUCUUGAGGAUAUGUGAUACUGUAAAGUCCAACGGGAUACACCCCGACAUCUACAAACUACUCUUGUUCCCUUUCUCACUCCGAGAUAAGGCAGCAAAGUGGUUACAAUCAUUUCCCAAGGACAGCCUGACUACAUGGGAGGAGGUCGUGAACAGAUUCCUUGCUAGAUUUUACCCUCCACAAAGAAUCAAUAGGCUGAGGGCUGAAGUGCAAACUUUCAGACAACAAGAUAGAGAAACACUCUAUGAGGCCUGGGAGAGAUUCAAGGAUCUAACAAGAAGAUGCCCACCGGAAAUGUUCAAUGAGUGGGUAAAACUACACAUCUUUUAUGAGGGACUAUCCUAUGAAGUAAAGAAAGCAGUAGACCAUUCUUCAGGAGGCUCGCUCAACAAAAAGAAAACCAUUGAAGAGGCCAUAUAUGUCAUUAAAACUGUAUCCGAAAAUGAGUACUUCUAUGCCUCAGAAAGGACUCAGAAGAAGGGGGUGCUAGAACUCAAUUCUGUAGAUGCUUUGUUAGCUCUGAAUAAGGCAAUUGCGGCACAAAUAGCAGCAUUAACCAAUAGGAUGGAGGUCAACCAAGCCUCAGUCAUUCAUGACCAAACUCCUCAACAAGAAGGAAAUGCAUUAGAAUCUAAAGGUGACUGGGAACAAGCUAAUUAUGUGCACAAUUCAUCUAGAACACCUUAUGACCCACACUCUAAGACAUACAGCCCAAGGAACCAUAGACCUUACCAUAACUCACAAAACACAUCAUACCAUAACAACCAACCCAUACACAAUAACCUUAAUCAAGACACACCAUCCUCAACCAUGCAAUCAUGCAAAAUCAAGAGCAACUUUGAGAGGAUGGAGGCUGCAAUAGCACAACUAUCAUCCCAGAUUUCAGGGGCAGUCUCCACCGUCAUGGACAGACAAACACAAACCGACAGAAGGAUAGAUGCUAAUCAAGAGGAAUACAGGUCAAAUAUGAAAAAUCAAGGUGCAACAAUCUCAAAGUUAGAAGCACAAGUAGGGAUUCUUUCCAAAUAA